AUGGACGACUUUUCGGAAAAUGUCUUCAAUUAUUGCAUCGGUGCACUGGCUCUGUGCAGCACUCUCGCCUCGAUUUACCGAUAUUAUCGAUCCAUCUUGCCGGCCCAGAGACUAGUCGCCUUGAACGACAUUCUAACGGAGAUAAAAAUCAUCUAUGAGAAAGCCGAUGCUGAAAAUCUCUUCCCGUCGGAGGCCCAGCGACAGCAUUCAAAGUCCCGGUUGACCGAUCUUGAAGUCCUCACAAACGAACUUCGCGAAAAGGCAUAUUCAUCCACCACACCCUUUCAAGAAUUUCUCUCCUGGGUACGAGGUCUAUCGGAAACAAUCGCAGAUGCAACUUGUAUGGCCAAGAAAAUGCGAAAGAAUCUCGUGUCCUUGACGGAGGAGGAACGUCGAAGGCAGUUACGGAGGAGGAGCGAAUCCCAGCUAACCAGACCCCCCUCCACCCCCGCCACGGUGGAAACAGGAUCGACAAUUGAAGCUCCGGAACCCCUUCGAUCUGAAGCCAUCAUCCAGCAAGCAUCGGAAAGCAAUAUUCCCGCUCCUACCGUGAUCGAUUCGCCUUCCCCAAGUCGGUGUUCAACUCUGGUUGGUCAAAGCGAACCGCUUGAAGAUGUGGCAGGAGCGGGAACACAGGGUAAAGGCAUCGGGGUCCCUGGUUCUUUUGCGCAGAAGUUAUCGCGACUGCUUACAGGUCGUUGGCGGGAAUGGCGGAUACCGACAUCCAAGCCACUCACAGAGGAGCCGGUAUCGGCAUACCCAGAUACGAUUCCGCCUGUCUGA